CCCAACUCAUCUCUGCACGUAAUUGCAGGAAUCUGAUAUUCUCGACUGUCAAACAAUUUUUGGUUGUAGAACUGAUUCUUCCAAACUUCUCACCAGAAAGAAGACAUUUCCAUUCUUUCUAAUUUCUUCGAUUAAAAGAACGUGAAAAUGCCAGACACAACGAUGAAUAAUGACGACCCGUAUGCCCAUGUAGCAAAGGGUGCGUUAAAACUCAAGGGAGACGAAUCUGUUGCUAAAAAGAAAAAACGUAAGGACAAGAAGCAGAAGAAAUUAGUCGAAGUAUCGAAGAUAAUAGAAGAAGAGAAACCUCAAGUAGUGGAGAUUAAACGAACUAAAGCUGAGUUAGCUUUUCAAAAAAUGCAGGAGAAAAUGCAAACCGAGAGGAUAAAACAAAAGGCCUCAAUGACCCAUAAGCAGCGAGUUGAACAAUUUAACAGACAUCUGGACAGCUUGACCGAACACUUUGACAUACCUAAAGUUAGCUGGACGAAAUAAAUUACAGUUAAGAGAAGACUCCAUCUAUUUUAUUGUAAAAAUGUGUUAUAUAAUUGCAUUAUAGUUGAUAUUGCAAUGUACUUCUCCCUUAUUUAGUUACACAUCAUUUAAGAUCAAUGAUUUUGAACUGAUAUUUGUACCUCGAUUUGUAGUAUAAUGAACAAUUAUGAGUACUAGAUGAAACUGACCUCAGUAAAAGGUGUAAUAUUAACUUAAUUUCUAUGUGUAGAGUUAACAAAAAUCUAUAAUGCUUAGUUAUUUAUGCAGGUUUUGGUCAUAAGGUUUUUAAGAAUGUUGCUCAUGUCAUUGUGAUAAACCAGUUUUAACAAUGAAUGAAUCAAUCAAUGGCAUUGGUCUUGUUUAAAAAUAAAAACAGUAAAUAUAAUACAAAGUA